GUUACGUUGAGCCAAAGUUCAUCAUACCAGUGUAAACAAUAAGUGGGACUUUGAGACAGGACGACCCUUUACAUUUUGUUCCGCCAGCGACAUUACAGGCCAUGAACUGAUGGUCGUAUUAUGAUUCAAGAAUAAAUCCUUGGAGCUGGGUUUGCAGAUUUACAACUCAUCGGAAAUGAAACUCGUACUACUUUUGUCGUUUUUGGCAGCAGCCUCUGCUGCUUCCAUCGGAUCCGAGAAAUGCACGUGGGGUCCUGCUUAUUGGUGUGAUCAUCCCCUGAAGGCGAAGGAAUGCGGUGAAGGGGCCACUAGCUACUGCAUCGCCAACGACUGGGCACAGCUGAAGGUUGAUGAUGAUUCCGCUUGUGAUGACUGUAAGAUGUUCAUCGCAGCAGUCAAAGAUGUUCUCAACAACAGUACAGUGCAGACAGAGAUCCUCUCUGUCGUCAAAGAACUAUGCAACAAGCUUGGGUCGGAGGCCACGACCUGUCAGCUGAUAGUCGACCUUUACGGCAUGAAAUUCCUGGAGGCACUCAUUACGGACUUGGAUGCAUCACAAGUCUGUAUGCUGCUCGAGCUUUGCAAGAGUGCCACGCCCAAUGAUGUCAUCCAGGGUCCACUACUGGUAACCGUACUUGACCCUGACGUAUGCGCCGAAUGCAAGCAGAUUUUCUCGGACCUCGAUGAUCUUCUCAGUAACAAAUCAGUGCAGCAAUAUGUCUUCAAGGAGGUGAUUGAAGUUUGUGAGCAGGCUGGGGCGCCGGCGGACCUCUGUAAGAUGUAUGUGAAUCAGUAUGGCCCGGAGGUCUUCCAGUACAUCAUUGGACUCCUGAAUGGCGACAUGCUCUGCAGUGAACUGGGUGUCUGCUCAAGCAUCACCCGCUUCAAUUUCCUGAAGAAAGUAUCCAACCUCCAAGCUGCCCCGUGCACCGACUGCAAGCAGAUAUUCUCGGACAUUGAUGAUCUUCUGAGUAACAGUGCGGAAGUGUCUUCAUUUAUGCAACAGGAAGUCUUACAGUAUUGUUUAAAGUUGGGACUGUUCCCUAAUGAUGUCUGCCAAGAACUGGACAAAUACACACCAGUGUUCAUGAAGUACAUUGCGACCCUUCUCGAUGGUGAUAUGCUUUGCAGUGAGCUGGGUGUCUGCUCUUCAACUGGACAUGCUGGAACUUUCAAUCCUAAGCAACUGUUUAUGAAACUCAUAAAGGUGUCCAAACUCACCGCUGACCCGUGUACCGACUGCAAACAGAUAUUCUCAGACCUUGACGCGCUUCUCAGUAACAGUUCAGUGCAGCAAUAUGUGCAAAAGGAAGUCUUGCAGGUCUGUAAUGACGUUGGAUUGCCUGGUGACAUAUGCCAAGACAUUGCUCAAUAUGUACCACAGGUCCUGAAUUAUCUUGUUGGCUUUCUGGAUGGAGGUAUGAUUUGCAGUGAGCUGGGUGUCUGCACUUCUACUCCGACUCUCAAUCUUCAGCAGAGUUUGUUUCUUAAACUCAUAAAGGACUCGGAUGAAACCUUGUGCCAAGCCUGUGGAGAUUUGCUUAAUGGAUUGACAUCAUUCUUUGGCAAUGCAACCGUUCAGAAAUACGCGCUUAUGUAUGCGAUCGAGUAUUGCCAGGUGGAAGGCUACUCCAAAGAUACUUGCACACAGGCUGUCAACCAGUUUGGCCCUACGGUCAUCAGUUUCAUCAUCCAACACUCGGAUAAAGUUUGCAACAUUUUCAUGCAGUGCCCGUCGUACAACAAGCCCGUGCCUAAUGGUGACCUGUGUUCCAGCUGCAAGCAAGUAUUCAGUGGUCUGGCUACCAUCACUGGCAACAGCACAUUCCAGAAGACAGUGCAGACGGAAGCAUCAUUGUUCUGCAGAUAUGAAGGCCACUCAACGGCCGAGUGCGAACAGUUUGUCAACCAAUAUGUGGGCAAAUUUGUCCAAUUUGUAACUUCCCAGCUGAAAGAACCUGUUUGGUGUGAGAUCAUCCAGGUGUGUACGCCCAGCCAAGACUUCAGCGCAGUCAGCAAGCCACAAGCCAUGUCUCGACUCAUGCAGGAUCCUCCCUCUAACGGUGACACCUGCAAGGAAUGCAAGGCAAUAUUCUCAGACUUGCAAGACAUCCUGAACAACGAAACUGUGCAGACACAAUUGUUCUCCACCUUAACCAAGGUGUGUGUAGCCCUAGGCAUAGCUCCGGAUACAUGUACUACAGACAUCGGCGAGUUCGGACCGCUAGUUUUACAAGAGCUGAUUCCAUUGCUGGACGGCAGCACUAUCUGCCCUCAGCAGGGUUUAUGUGCAGCAGGCUCUCUCUACAAACUCGGCCGUGUUGUCUCAUCCGUUCAGCAGGUUACUAAGAGCAAUGGAGAUCCCUGUGCAGAGUGUAAGGAGAUAGUUAUGGACUUGUUAGAUAUUCUCAACAAUCAAACAGUGCAAAAAGAUAUAUUCAACAAGGCCAUCGCUGUCUGUGUCGCUCUAGGCGGUUCCACAGCUACCUGUACUGGAGUGAUUAACAACUAUGGUCCCGUCGUUCUGAGCAUCCUCACAAAUGAACUGACACCGUCUCUGUGCACCAUGAUACAACUAUGCACCUCAAGUGUGGAGCAUGUCCAGCCCAAACCAGCCGCCAAGGCCGUUAUGGUGCCCCCAUCAGACGGUAACGUCUGCACGGAAUGCAAGCAGAUGAUUGCGGACAUAAAGGACAUCCUGAGCAACACCACUGUACAGAACAAUCUAUUCAGUACACUGACUAAAGUCUGCGUGGCCCUUGGCAUUCCUUCUGAUACCUGCAGUGAAGACAUCAUGCAGUAUGGCCCUGUCGUAGUACAAUUCAUCACUGCAGAGCUGGAUGGCACUGUUCUGUGCCCAGAACUGCAACUCUGUGCACCGGGAGUCAUGGCCAAGUUGAUUGAUGCUGUUUCGGCCUUCAGGAAGAUCGUUGUGUCUGCAAAUGGCAAUACCUGCACUGAGUGUAAAGACGUCAUCAUGGAUCUAUCAGACAUCCUCGGCAAUCAAACGGUGCAGGGCAAUUUAUUUAAGCAGCUCAUCGCCGUCUGUGUGGCUUUAGGAAUCCCCUCUGAUACCUGCAGCAGCGACGUCAAUGAGUUCGGACCGAUUGUCCUGCAGGCACUUAUUGGAUACUUGAGCCCUUCCCUCUGCCCAGGGCUGAGUCUGUGUUCAUCAGCCAUUCCAGAACCAUUCCACUUGCCCAAACAGAUGCCAGCCCUUGAACUGGUGCCUGCACAACCGAUAUUCAACCCCGUCGGUGAUGACCCCACGAAUUGUCUCAUAUGCGAGUUUUUAAUGGAUGUCCUGGGAGCCGUUUAUCCCACAGGAGCAACCUCUGCCCAGUUGGAGACACUCAUGUAUACGAGCUGCAAGUCCCUACCUACCGAAGAGUUAGUGAAGCAAUGCAACGCGUUUGUGACUAACUGGGCCGAUAGACUUAUCGAAGAGUUGGUGGCACUGGACUUCGACUAUGACAAAGCGUGUACCGGGCUCCAGAUCUGCCCAGGUAUUGUUCCGGAACCGAAAGCCCAAAUAAACGAUACUACAUGCAUCAUGUGUGAGUUUGUGAUGGACUUCCUCACCUCAUUUCACCCGCAAGACUUCACAAAGGUGGAUAUCCAAUCUGCCAUGAACAAAGCAUGCUCCCUUCAGCCGCCCGGUUCCAAGACUGAAUGCGACGGUUUUGUGAGCCAGUACGGUGCCCAGAUCAUCACUCUGCGGAUGGACAAGACACCCUUUGAAGACGUCUGCAUGAAGAUGAAUGUCUGCCCAGAUUUGGUGUCGGCGCAGGACCGUUUUGAUGACAUCUUUGACUGUUUGGAGUGCCAACGCGUCAAGGCUUACCUCGUUCAAGUGAUCAAACCGCACGUUACCCAGCAACAGGUUGGCUACGCGCUGGACGCAGUGUGUCUCUUGAUAGGGGGCAACGUGAAGGGCUGCCUCGAAUUCAUGAUACAGUAUCGCAGCGACGUGGCAGGGUACUUGCUGUCAGGAAAACCAGUCGACAUGCUCUGCAAAGGGAUUGGAGUGUGCACAGCAGCUGCCAAGCCAGUGCCAGAGAAUACACAAGUUGGUAACGCACUUGAGUGCGAAGUUUGUAAACUUGUGAUGGGAGAAAUUGAAGUUCUGUUGAAGAAGAACGCUACGGAGAAAGACAUCGAGAAAUUUCUGGACAACAUCUGUAAUGUCCUGCCCUCGAGUUUGAAGGAUGCAUGCGAUGCUUUCGUCACAAAGUACACCACGGCGAUUAUUGAUCUGCUGAAGUCGAUUCCCGCAAAUGGGAUCUGCCAAUACUUGGGGGUGUGCACCAGCUCAAGUGCUCCUCUCGUUCAGACAAAUCUUGUUCAUGUUGGAAGUUCUGUCCAGUGCGAUAUUUGUGAAUAUGUCAUGGACCUACUUGAUGUCUUAAUCAAGGAAAACGCAACCAAGACGGAUAUUGAACAUUUCUUGGAGAAUAUCUGCGCUGUCUUACCGUCACAGUUGAAAACAGAGUGUGAUAUGUUUGUGAAAGAGUACGUUCCUGAGAUCUUGCAACUUUUGGCAACAUUCCCUCCCGAUCAGAUCUGUAAAGAGCUUGGACUUUGCACCAGUUCUAAAGCUUCACUGGCUCAGUCAAAUCAUGUUCAGGUCGGAAGUUCUGUCGAGUGUGAGAUUUGUGAAGAAACAAUGGCUCUGCUGGAAGGCUUUCUCAAGCAAAACACAACCAAGGCGGAUAUUGAGAACUUCUUAGUGCAUAUCUGCGAUAUCUUACCCUCACAGUACAAAACAGAGUGCGAUAUGUUUGUGAAACAGUACGUUCCUGAGAUCUUGCAACUGUUGUCUACGUAUCCUACCGAUGAGAUCUGUAAAUUGCUUGGACUUUGCACAAGUUCCAAAGGUCCCGUGGCUCAGUCACAUCCUGUUCUGGUUGGAAAUGCCAUCGAGUGUGAGAUUUGUGAAUAUGUAACGGGCCUGCUUGAUGCCUUUCUUAAGGAGAAUAGAACCAAGGCGGAUGUUGAACAUUUCUUGGACAAUAUCUGCGAUAUCUUACCCUCACAGUACAAAACAGAGUGUGAUAUGUUUGUGAAAGAGUACGUUCCUGAGAUCUUGCAACUUUUGGAUACAUACCCUCCUGACCAGAUUUGUAAACUUAUCAAACUUUGCAGCAGUGCAAAAGCUCCCGUGGCUCAGUCACGGCCUGUUCUGGUUGAAAAUGCCAUCGAGUGUGAGAUUUGUGAAUAUGUAACGGGCCUGCUUGAUGCCUUCCUCAAGAAGAAUAGAACUAAGGCUGAUGUUGAACAUUUCUUGGACAAUAUCUGCGAUAUCUUACCCUCACAGUACAAAACAGAGUGUGAUAUGUUUGUGAAAGAGUACGUUCCUGAGAUCUUGCAACUUCUGGAUACAUACCCUCCUGACCAGAUUUGUAAACUUAUCAAACUUUGCAGCAGCAGCAGUGCAAAAGCUCCCGUGGCUCAGUCACGUCCUGUUCUGGUUGGAAAUGCCAUCGAGUGUGAGAUUUGUGAAUAUGUAACAGGCCUGCUUGAUGCCUUUCUCAAGAAGAAUAGAACUAAGGCGGAUGUUGAACAUUUCUUGGACAAUAUCUGCGGUGUCUUACCCUCAAAGUACAAAACAGAGUGUGAUAUGUUUGUGAAAGAGUACGUUCCUGAGAUCUUGCAACUUCUGGAUACAUACCCUCCUGACCAGAUUUGUAAACUUAUCCAACUUUGCACCAGUGCAAAAGCUGCUGUGGCUCAGACAAAUCAUGUUCAGAUCGGAAGUUCCGUCGAGUGCGAAAUUUGUGAUGAAGUCAUGAAGCUGCUGGAUGUCUUUCUCAAGGAAAACAGAACCACGGCGGAUAUUGAGAAGUUCUUAGACAACAUCUGCGCCGUCCUCCCCCCGGCAUUCGCGAAGCAGUGCGAUGCGUUUAUGAAUGAGUACGUUUCCCAGAUGUUGAAACUGCUGGCUCAGUACCCUCCUGAUCAGAUCUGUAAACUGCUCGGACUUUGCACCAGUUCCAAAGAUCUUGAGGACGUCAAGGAAAGCACCGAAUGUAUUCUGUGUCAGUUGGUCAUGACGGAAGUGGACAAGUUGCUGGAUGGCAAAACAUCUCAAGCAGAGAUUGAGAAGGUUCUGGAAGACGUCUGCUCUCUGAUGCCCACGACCAUCCGCACAGAGUGUGAAGAGUUCGUCAAGGAGUACGCCCCACAGAUCAUCCAGCUCCUGUUGCAGUUUGUCACCCCAACGAAGGUGUGCGAUGAGCUCAAACUGUGCACACCAUCUCAAGUUGAAGCCAAAGUACCUGAGACUGUGGGAGGAAUUGCAUGCGGUCCUUGCGAGAUGGUUGCUGAACACGUAGAGAUAAUCCUCAAGGAAGGAUCCACUCAGAAGGAGAUUGAGGAUUUCUUGAAGACCGAGGUGUGUCCCAAGCUGCCUGGUGAUGCUCAGAAAGAAUGCGUCAGCGUGGUAGACAAGUACCUGCCUGAGAUCCUGAAACUAGUGACCAGCAUGACACCAGAGGAGCUGUGUGGACUACUAGGGCUGUGUAGCUCAGGUGAUGCCAUGGACAAAAUGGUUGACGCUGCGAUUCAUUCCACUGCCGAGUGCAUGAUUUGUGACUUAAUCGUCAAGGAGAUGCGAACCGGGCUAUCCCAGAAUUCAACAGAGGCUGGAAUUCAGAAGUUCCUGGACACAGUGUGCAGUAAGGUCCCUCUAUCGACCGUGGCUAAGGACUGCCAGGAGUUUGUCAAUGAUUACACCAAGCCUAUCAUCCAGUACCUGCUGGCAGAGAUGGACCCCGACAACAUCUGCGACUUCCUCAAAGUCUGCGACCAGAGCAAAAUAACUUCUCCCUUUGGAAAGGUUAACAGUGACACCUUUUGUUUAGUCUGCGAUGUCCUUUUUGGCAUCCUUGAGACCCAGCUGGCAACCAACAAAAGUUUUGAGGAGGUGACUGAUUUGAUUGAGAAGGUUUGCCCCCUCCUGCCAGAAUCCUUGAACGAACAGUGCAAGGGCUUCCUUGACAUGUACGGACCCGUGCUGCUCAAACUGAUCGUAGACUCGGAGCUCAGCCCCAACGAAAUCUGCAAAGACCUCGGACUCUGCACCUCCUUCAGUCUUCUGCAGCCGAAACUGAUGUUUACCAGCGGAUCGGUCGAAUGUGACGCCUGCAAGGAGCUAGUCACUGUGGCGGAAGACUUGGUGAAAGAGAAUGAAGACAAGAUACUGGAAACGAUUGCCAAGAUCUGUGAUCUGUUCCCAAAGAAUGAUCAACAACAGUGUCAGAACUACAUUGAGGUGUACGGCGACUACAUUCUGGAUCUGAUUCUGGAGGGGUAUUUGACACCGGAUGCUGUCUGCAAGGAUCUGAAGUUAUGCAGCCAGUCCAUCAAGAGCCUCCCUCCAGCCAACAAGUGCAUGCAGGGCCCAGUGUUCUGGUGUGCAAGCAUGGACAACGCCAAACUAUGCAACACUGUUGAGCACUGUCGUCGCCACGCCUGGAACUGAGCCUAACACCGACCAACGAAUAGCGGUUUACUUUAAUAAACAUCCUGAAAAAUCUCUAUUUGCGGGCCUUGAAUUUGUUUACAUUUCAAAUUUACAGAAAAUAGUCUCAAUAAUAACAAUCACAAAAAGAUUUUGUAAUCAUGUAUUUGAGUCUGAUUGUGUAACAUGUGAUUCUUGAAACCGUACGAUUGUUGAAAUGGAACGGAAACAUUUGUACCUAUAAAAGCAGAAAAGCAGUAAUAUUGCUCAAAAACCUAAAUGGAAGAAAAUAAUUGGAUGCAUUGUUAUUACCCCCGCUCAUCGGGCCAUUAAAUUGUUCCUUGAGAUCUUCUCAACUUCCACAGACUGAUGAUUGUUGUAAUUAAGCAGCGCAGACAUUUCGGUAAGCAAAGCAAAUACUAGCUAAGUAAACAUUGGUUGCCAGCUAAAAUUGCCAUGCAGUGUCUAUUGUUCGUGACUGGUACCCGGCUAUUUGUUUUUGCUUAACACAUUUCCUUCUCUGCAACUCUGUAAAGUGGUGUCUAUAUAGAUCAAAACACGUAAAUGUAAAACCUCAUUUAUCUUAAAGGCUUCCAAUGUAAUUGUUUUCCAUAGGCCUAGAUCUUUUGGUAUUUCUUUGAAAGUUAGAAAACAAUUUCACUACUUUCCGUUGUACCAACAUAACAUUUCAAAGGGAUUUGUAUCCAAUUCUCAUGAUGCUGAGCACGAUCCAUGUGAAUUUGUUUAUUUUUAAUUUGGAUACAAAAAUAGUAAUGUUUAGACUGUAGGUGAUAUUUUUAGCGAUAGCUUAUAGAGUAGAAUAGAUACAAUAUCAGUAAGUAAUUGCCAGUGUUUUAAAUUAGAGUGUAUUUUGUAUUGUACGCUUUGUUAAAUCAACAAUUUGUAUUUGGAGACUGUAUUCUUGGUUGAUUAGUGUGUUUUUUUCCAAAACGGAGUAAAAUUUGUAUGUAAAAGGUUAAUGCAGCUCGUAAUGUCGCCAAAUACGGUUGGCUGAAAUGAUUGGUUGAUGCAAUAGUACCAGUCUGUAAUUUUGUAUCCUUGCAGUUGAUUUGGAAGUUGUUUGUUUGAUGAAAUGAAAUUAAAUGAAAUUAAAUAUGUAUUUUCUUAUCAAUUCUAAGAAAAAUUAGAUUUAACAAAAAAAUUUGCGUUUUUAUUGAAAUCUUUAUAUUUAAUUGUACGAUUUGUAUAAUGAGCAUUAUUUCUUGAUAUAUACUUAUCGAAAAAAAAAUUAUUCCGUCGUGAUUAACUUUACAAAAUAAUAAGCAAACACAACCAUAGAGCAAAAUACGCAGUAGAAGUAGUUGAAAACAGUUGGCGCUUAUUGAAGUAUAUAUGUUACCAUGGUUACGCUGAAUACAUUUUCCUUAUUUCAGCUACUGUCCUGACAUCGAUUUUGGGUCCUUAAUCUCGGCCAAGCCUCUGAGGCGAAAUCAACCACUUGUCACGACAGCUUUGUCUUUCAAUCAGCAUGCGUUGCAUUAACAAAAUCGUAUCAACUUUGAAAAAAAAUAUUCAUAGCAUAGAAAAUUGCUGUUCCGAAUACAAUUCCAGAUUCCGAUGUUUUGUUUUUAAUGAUAUGAAGUUUAUUUGCGUCCAAUAGUUCCUUAAUGUACUACUUAAUAUGUAUUUUAUUAUCAGUGAGAAUGUCAUUACGGGAAAAGGUUCCCUGGGGAGACAUUUGCAGACUUUUGUGCAACAAAUCCUUACUUUAUGACCGCUAACCCUCACCUAACCUUAACCUACCACAGCCAAGUGUGUAUUUGCCUGCAACCGGGGACCCCCUAUUGUCCGUCUUUUGUUUGGACUUGAACUUUUUAGGAAGGCCUCCCAUAUGUUUUGUACACGAAACCAAACUGGGGGCCUCUCGAGAAUGGGGGACCCUAUUGUCCUCUUUUGUUCAACGUCCCCUGUUGAAUGCAGAAACAAACUCAGUGAUGUAGUCGAGUCUAUCACGGAGUCCUCGCAAGGCCAUCACAAGUCCUCCAGUCCCAAUUCAAAUCACAAGCUAUUCAGAUGAGCUUUGACAUGCUUUCCUUUGUCAAUGUUCAUCCACUGUUUCAUGUGACCGCUGGACUUGUGAUUUACUUGUGACUGGACUUGUGAUGAACUUGCCUCCAGGCCUGUCCUACCUUCACCAAGCUUUGUAAAUUUGGGUUUUGCAUCACGAGGAAACGAUUUAGCCUGCAUUGCGAGACUAACAUUUUGUCUCGAAAUAGGACUGAAAUGUCUCCUCAUUCUAUCUAGUCCACAUAAAGUAUAGCUUUUGUUGAUAACUUGUCUCCCUAAAGGGUACAUUUGCAGAAAUUGGAAGUGCUACCUUAUAAACCUUUCAUUUUCUUUGUAUUGUAUCAAUUGGUAUUGGACAAUUUUGUGGUACUCCGAUUUUAUAUUUAACUUUUUUUUUUUAAUAAAUAAAUUGUGAUACUCGCAAGUUAUAUUCUGCUUACUCGGAUAAAUGACAAUGAAUGAAAAUAAAUGAAAGAAAAUUG